UUCUGUUUAACAGAAGGUGUCAGUGAUCUUAACUAGUGUAUCUUCUUUGGCUGUAUUUCAUUUGAAUUCAUCAUUUUCUAGACUUCAUUCAGAUAUACAUUGUAUAAAGGAUGGAUCAAUUUGCACAAGACUCCUGCAUUCCACGCUUUGAAGAUCCAAGACCCUCAAGCCAUGCUACUGGUAGCACAAGUCAAGUUUAUGUAAAACAUCCACAAUUCUUACAUGUGGUGGCAAAGCCUCCUCAGAAAUAUUCAACUGUGGAGCUAGGAGUGCACAACUGUACCUCAAAAUGUGAACUAUGUAAGAAACAUCUGAAAAAUAUCAAAAUCUUUAAGAGUACAACUAAACAAAAAAGUCACGAGAUAAAAAGUAUUUUAACCUGCAAGUCAUCUAGUGUCAUUUAUGUAAUAGAAUGCCAGAAGCCUGACUGCAAGAAACAAUAUGUGGGGAAGACAAGAAAUUCAUUAAAAAGCAGGUUUAGCACUCACAAGUCAGCCAUUUCACGUAAAAACCAUCUGCCACUUUAUGAGCAUUUCAACAACAUUGGCCACAGUUUUGAAGAUUUAAAAAUGUUUCCAAUUGAACAACAUGAUGAUUUAGUAAUGUUGGAUAAAAGGGAAAUUUUUUGGAUAAAAACUCUUGGCACACAAUAUCCUGAUGGACUCAAUUCAGAAACGUAUGAAUCAGAUUCUCCAAUCCCUUUCAAGAGACGGAAAGAACCAAGUCUACCAGUAGAAGCUCAAGAGAAACUGGAUAAAUAUUAUGAAUCAAAAGAAGAAGCAAGAUUUACUAUAUCAACAGUGUAUGAAAAACUAAAAAAGCUGUCUUGCCCUGGGAAUGAUCAAGAGUUUCUGAACCAACUGAGAAAAAUUACUUCUAAGUUAAUGUCCAAGAAGAUUCACGAAAACAUUUAUAUUGGAAUAUUUGGAAAGACUGGGGCUGGAAAAAGUUCAUUGAUAAACGCUCUUCUGAAUGAAGUUAAUUUGUUGCCCACAUCAGACAGUAAAGGCCUGUACGUCCUGCAUCGUGAAAGUAAAAGCUCAUGAAGAUUUAAAUGAAAAAUACAAAGCAAAAAUUACGUUUAUCAGCAAAGAGGAGUGGAUCAAAGAUCUAAAGACUCUUGUUGAAAACUGUCAGAGUGACAAUGACCAGAGCAUGUCAGAUUCUGAUGAUGAAGAAGAUCAAGAUGGGGAGGACAGUGAAGGUGAAAUGGCAAAAGAAAAACUAACAGCAGUGUAUGGAGAAGAAGGGCCAAGCAAAAGUUAUGAUGAAUUACUAAACAUUAAACUGGAAAUGCUUAAUUCUCCAAAGAAGACAAUUUCAGCAGAAUCAGUUAAGGAACUGUCUAAAAAUAUAAAUCAAUACAUCCGGAGUGAUAUGGAUGAAGAAACUAAGAGCUACUGGCCUCUGGUAAAGUCUGUUACAGUGUAUUUACCAAGAAGUCAGAAUCUUCUCGAUAAUGUAGUACUGAUUGAUUUUCCUGGAACUGGAGAUACCAAUAAGGACAGGAAUGAAAUGUGGAAAAGGUAUUUAAACAAAUGCACCUCUGUCUGGAUUGUUAGUGAGAUCACACGGGCAGAAUCUGACCAAAAUGCAUCGAAAAUCCUAAGGAGUGUUUUAAAGCAUAUUGCAGGUGGAGGACAAUGUGAAAAUAUUACCAUCAUCUGCACCAAGACAGAUAUUGUUGGCAUUGAAAGUGAUGAUGUGGGAAAUGAACACCAUGGAGAAUCUAGUGAAAACAGCGAAAAUGACAGGAAGCGAGAAAAAAUACUAAAAAAAAAUAAGAAGGUGAAAACAAAUCUAACACGAAGUUGUGAGGACACAGCAAAGAAAAUGCUAGGCAAUGAAGUGACAGAUCAUAAGGAUUUCAUUAAAGUGUUCACAGUGAGUUCAGAGCAAUUCAGAAAUAAGAGAAAUCCAUUCCUGAGUGAAGAAGAAACAGAAUUUCCAGGCUUGGAAAAACAUCUGUUGGAGUUUUAUGUUAACCAAAUAAAGAAAGAUGUAGAAAACUAUGUUACUGAAGUAUCAGGAAUCACAUCCUUUCUUAAUGUCCCACAGAAAAACGCCAAACAAGAGGCUGUAAUUAAUACGGUUUUCACUGAACUGUCUGGAUUUCUCAAUAAAGAUCUGCAGAAAGUGGAAGAUUUUUUUGUUAAAUAUUCUGAUAAGCUUCAAGUCGAACUGAAUAAAGGUGUAAAGACAGCAGCUAAACAGUGUCUGCAGAAUGCUGAAAAUAUUUUAAAGCCUAAAAACAAAAAAGAUUAUCGUGGUUACCAUAAAACAGUAAAAGCUUUGGUCAGAAAUGAUGGGAUUUACAGGACAAAAAAAGGAGAAAUUCAUGACCUAAACAAUAAGUUGGCAUCACCCCUCUAUAAGUCUGUGGACAUGAUUAUUAUUAGCACUUUCCGAAUGCAACAAGCCACAAGGAAUACUAUUAAAGGGGCUCUGAAUUCACUUCAGAUUAAUGUCUUUGCUGAAUGUGACAAACAUCAGAACAAAAUUGCUCCAUUACGUCUUGUCUUUAUUAAAUCUCAGCUUAAAGGUGUAGUUGCAUCUUUGGAAAAAGGAAUAAUUGAUGGAAAGAAACGCUUAUACAAUUCACUUGACUUAUCCAUUCAGAAAGAACUGUCUCCUGUUUACAUAGCUGCCAGCAGUAUAACAGGUCCCAAAUUUUUGAUGAGGGUACAAACAAUGUUCACAGAAAGAUUGGACAAACUGAAAAAUCAAAUGUUUCAAAAUGCACAGAAAGAAAUGCUUCUUGAGCUUACAAAGUUGAAGGGCUAUGUCAUAAAUACUGUUGAACAUGAAAUGGAACAACAUUUAAAGCUGGCACUUUCUCAGUUUCCAGAAGGUCUUGAUUUGCCAGAUUUCCAGGAAGAAUUAAAGAAGGUGAAGAUCAUCUGCGAUGAUUUAGAGCUCAGGCUCUUCUACCAAAAACCCUAAAUACUGUGAACGAUAUUUUUACACUAUCAAAAAUAUGCUGCAAUGCGUGUUUUGGAAUUUUAAGUAUGCACUGUAUGUUGGCAGCUGUGUAUUUCAUGUACUGUGCUAAAAAAAAAAAAGAAAAGGCUAAAUUUCCCUCUGGGGACAAAUGAAGUUCUAUCUAUCUAUCUAUCUA